UUGAAAAGCGCCUUUAGAAAAGUGCCGCGGUUUUUCCGAAAAUUUAAUUGGUUGAUAGUUCGACUAGAUUCAGUGUUGAUUUGUGGUAGUUGAAGUAAGGGAAUAAGUUUUUAAAGACAGUAGUUUCGGGGUUUUUUAUUUAUGCGAUUUUUCCGAAGUCUUUGUGUUGAUUGAUCUUGAAUUUGUCUUCUUUUUGUGAAGAGGAUUGAAGAAUCUGUUAGCUGAGGGAGUCCGAGUGGAUUGUUGGAUAUUUUGGACCCAAUUCAAGUCUUCAGCAGAUAUUUAGGAGAGGAACAUUGCAUUACUGGACCACUAAAUAGGAAAGAUGAAUUAACCCUUCAGCAGCUAGUUCUUGCCCCUAUUUUAAGCCUUAGCCAUAUUAGGCUGAUUCUUCUCUAUUGCCUGUUCAAACCAAUGCUUCAAGCUGUUCGGAGACGUGGAAAGAGUUCUUCAUCCCUUCGAGUUGUCUAAUAGACUCUCGCGAGUGUUCCCCAGCUCAGCACUUGCCAGUUUCCACCAAGCCUCCGCCGCGGGUACCUCCACCGGGGUGACCUGGUGGUCGAUGAUGAACGGCGGAUUGUACGAGGAGAGUCCGCCGCCAGCACCGCAAGCGGCCGCCACGCCGAGCGGUACCACCAGCGGGGGCAUGACCAGUCCCCCGGCGGCGGCACCCCCGACGACUUCGGCCACCAGCAGCUCCUCGCCGGCUAGCGUGACCAGCAACAGCGGUUCCGCCGGGCCUCUGCACAUUCCCGCCAAAAGACUGACCACUUCGGGGGGUUACGGGGAGUGUACCCCCGAUGGGAGCGUGAUCAGGCACAGCCAGAACCACUGGUCGUCGUAUUCGCCAUCGGAAAACCCCCAUGCAGGUUCCACGGCGUUUGAACUUAACCACCAGUACAGUAAUCCCACGUACUGUAAUAUACCUUCGGAUCCGAACGGUACCCGAGAUUACAAACCUCCGAUUCCGUUCUGGUCACCGGCAGCUACAGCCUCGGCCGCUCCAGCAGACUACAAGUACCAGCGGGGUGGUACGGGAGGUGACCCUUCAGUACCAUCGUCCUGUCACCAAACCUUCGGUAGCGGAUCAUGGUGUGGAGUUUAUAACUCUCCCUAUCCCGGAGCCAGCAGGCAUCACGUAGAUGGUCCCUAUUUAACCCCCACGGAAGACAGAGGAAGAGUACCUGCAUUAGAAGGUGGUUUUCCACACCACGACAGAGGGUAUGGCUUGGGAAACUACGUAGCUCCCGAACCAGUAGCUUCAACUCCAUAUCCACCACCAGGCUCUCUGGGUUCGAUGGGCGUCAGCGUUCCGUGCGGCACCGGUACCAACCCCCUGGAAUGGACAGGACAAGUAACAGUCCGGAAAAAACGCAAACCCUACUCCAAGUUCCAAACCCUCGAGCUAGAGAAAGAGUUCCUUUUCAACGCGUACGUCUCCAAACAGAAACGAUGGGAACUGGCGCGGAACCUGAACCUUACCGAGCGACAGGUCAAGAUCUGGUUCCAGAACAGGCGGAUGAAGAACAAGAAGAACUCGCAGAGACAGGCGGCGCAGCAGCAGAACAACAACAAUUCCGCGACGAACAACCAGAAUCACCAUCACCAUCCAGGACACCUACAGCACCAUCUAGGGAGUCACCACGUUUCGGCGAAUGGCGCGUUGAAACAUCAUCAGUGACCUAUGGGGUUCUCUGGGGUCGUACUGGGUCACCCUGGUCACGGGCUGACCACCUGAAUGUCCAAAGGAAAUGUUCCGAUAGAAAGAGGGACUUUUAGAAGGGUUGGUGUGUGUUUGAUUGAGAAAUGAUCACGACCCUGGAAGGAGGCGCGUUGUAGUUAAUGUUUGUAGUUCUUUGCGUUCGUGCCAAAGAAUAAAAAAGGAAAGAUGAGCUGAUUUUUUUGGUAGAUUUAACCCAUUAGUUGCCUAAAAUGUUAGAGGUUAUUUGAGAAUCUUCAGAUUAAUGUUUUUUUGUUUAAUUUCAUACUAUUCUAUGACAAAGCCUCGUUGACAAACAUUUUGUUUUACACGGAUAAAAGAAAAUAAUUUAGUUUAAUGUUUUUAUUACUUUUAAUUUGAGCAUAAUAUGUUAGAUUUGUAUAUACUCAAGUAGAUAUCUGUUUUAAGAGUCAAAGCAAAGUAAGCGUUCGGCAUUUAACGUUUUAUGUAAAACUGGUUAGGUAUUUUUACACAAAUGAAG